AUGGAGGACGAUUUGGAGCGGUUCUUAGAGUCUCGAGAGGUCCCAAAAGAGGACAUUAGACGAAUGAAGAGAGACAAGGUGAGCAUAAAAUUCAUUCAAAAACUUCACGUCCAUUAAGCAACACAGAGCAUUCGUGGCUAACAAAGUUAGCGUUAAUGCUAUGCUAUUGUAAGCUAAUGUUAGUAACGUUUGUAGUUAGACAUGUAGAGUAACGUUAACGUUAGAGUUCUUAACGGGCCUCACUCGGCCCCGUUAGCCCACUAAAAGUAAUCAACGGCCUGAACAUGACCCAAUAGAAAUAAAAAUAAAACAAAUCUAAUGCGCCUGAUGCGUCAUUGUUUCGUUUUAAUAUAGGGCAGGCGCACUUGGUAGCCUAAUAACAGUGAUGACAUGAUGUGAUGAAACUUGAAUAAAGAACAGAAAUGGUUGCCAUGGUAACUUUGGACGUCAUGGCUGGUCUGUAUCAUAGUGACUAGCUGGUUAACGUUCCGUGCCAGUGAUGUAGCCUACACAUUUUGUGGUACAGGCGGCUUAAAAAGGUGGGCUUGUCCUACUGAGCUUUGCGUAAAGUAUAAUUUCAAACUAAUUUGAAUAAGCUUAUUAAAUCUUUAUUAUAAAUGAUUAAUCAUAAGGAUCAAUGUCGUUCAAAUUUAUUACAUGUAAUAUUAGUAAGUGGGUUGUUUAUGCUUGGUUAUGGGUGGAGUUUUAGUUAUAUAGGUCAGCCAGCACACCUGUGGAGGUCAGCCUUCAGCUUUGUUUAAGUUGAGACGAACUGGACGCAAAAUGUUUUUCAACCAUGAUGUGUUGAUGUUGAAUCAUGGAAUCCUCAUCUGCCAAAAUAAAUUGCACACCUGUGAAUAAUGGAAUUAAAUGAAGGUGGAUACGCGUCAGAUCGCGUCAGCGAAUUUGUGUGAAGUAGGCCAGCUUUCUAUCUGGCAUCUCUAUGUCCAAUCUUUUACUGUACUUACCAUAAGACCAGCCAUGUCCAGUAUUACUGAAACACUGCAUUGACACUAUUCCCUCUCUUUCUCUCUCUCUCUUGUGUUUGCAGGUUGACAAGGCAGUAUUGCGCAUCAUGACGGAUGAGCAAAUGACAAAAUACAUAUCGUCAUAUGGUGACCGAGUGGCUGUCCUGUCCUUCUGUGAACAAACCCAGUGCCACAGCACCAAUAAAGAGACUCUUUUACAGCGAUUAAAAAAUAAAAUAGGGGCACGAAAAAUGAAAUCAAAAACAAAAGUGAGUGGUACCCCAGAUAAUCCCCAAAAUAACAUGGCCAGACAAAGAAAUAGGGCAGGAGAGAAGACUUCAAGAAAGGUUGAAAUUGGAUGGCUUCAUUUUGGCAAAAAUGGAUACAGUCAAGUACGGACCAACAAUGGUGGAGGCACAAGACAUGCUAAAUUGGCAAAAACAACAACUGUUGCUCAGAUCAUGGAAUUAGGAAAGGGACUAUUUUUUCCUGAUGGGCAUUCCACAAAAGGGCCAGCUGAAGACUUCACGUUUGAAAUAUGUGAUUUUAAAAUGAACAAGAUUCCCAUGGAUAACACUGUUGGCCAAAUGUAUGAACAAACUAAACUGAAGCUACUCAGAUUUUAUGUUUGCACAAAAGAGGGAGCUUCAACUGAUCACUCCUCAUCUGAAGAAAAUCAGCUGAUUGAAGAUGAAGAAGAAAAUGACCUGCUUGAAGAUGCAUCUCAGAUGAUUCCAUCACAGAUCUGCAGGAUCGUUCACAUUCAUCUGACAGUGAUGGAAGCAUCCAGGUUUAUGGAACAAGGACAGAGGUAAAUAAUUUGGUGUGUGUGUGUGUGUGUGUGUGUGUGUGUGUGUGUGUGUGUGUGUGUGUGUGUGUGUGUGUGUAUGUGCGCUUCAGGGCUCUAAAAGCAAAAGGCACUGAUAAACAAAGGGAAUAGACCUACAUGUAUUGUAUUUUUACACAGCAUUGAAUAAUAAAUGUGGAGCAUGUGUUCUGAUGUUACUGCUGACAACCAUCCGUCUAUGAUUUGUUUUCAGAUGCAACCAAGAUCAAAAAAGAUAAGGACAACAUCCGAGACUGAGACAGCAGAAAGUCCAGGUCCAUCACAUCCCUUUCAGUCAACCCCAACAGACAGUAAAAAAAACACAAGUGAGGUUAGUUUACCUGACCCCUUGUUUGACGAGGCAGAUACACUUAUAUGGGAUCCAGACGAUGACCUGGUGGUUUUAAACUUGAAUGUUGAUGAGGAUGCGGAUGUCACACAGGUAAUGUUUUAUCUAGAAUUUCUAUAUGAAAAUAUUUUUCUUGAACUUAACUUUCAUUUGAAAUGUUUAGUGGUGUGCCAUGUACAACUUGUAUUAAAAACAAAUACCAAUUGUUGUCUUUAGUGAAAGUGAAAGUCAGUUAAAUCCUUUUGACUUAAUUCCUGGGAUUGUAACUCUGAUUUAUGACUUCAUUAUAGUGUUCUGUCUCUAAAAUGUAAGACGUUUGCCUUUUUUUAUUUCUCAAAACCUAAAUGGACUUUUUCAUGCUAUCUGGAGUGUUCUUAAUUUUGACUAGAAGUUAUGCUGAUGCAUAAGACUCAAUUAGAAAGACUUUUAUAAAUAAUAGUCUGCGAUGACAUCAUAGAUUUUAUCAUUAAUGUGUCUGCUGUCAUUUAUUGUAUUCUUCAGAGCGCUGAGGUGAGUGGAGCACCUACGCAGACUAUACAUCUCCUAUUGCCUUCAGGUGAAGAUCUGCUUACACUGGAUGAGCAGCAGUCCAUACAUGAGGAGGCAGUGCAAACUGCCCAGGUAAGACACACCACUUCAAGACUUUUAUAAAUAAUAGUCUGCAAUGACAUCAUAGAUUUUAUGAUUAAUAUGUCUGCUGUCAUUUAUUGUAUUCUUCAGAGCACUGAGGUGAGUGGAGCACCUACGCAGACUAUACAUCUCCUAUUGCCUUCAGGUGAAGGUCUACUUACACUGGAUGAGCAGCAGUCCAUACAUGAGGAGGCAGUGCAAACUGCCCAGGUAAGACACACCGCUUCAAGCAACUCUGAUGUUCUCAGGGUUUUUAAUAGAAAGCAGUUUGAGGAGGGGUGCAGUUUGUAACACAAAAAGAUACCUGAGUUGUGAGUUGCUUUAUGAGAAACAUAGCAUCCAAAAUUAUUUUAACCUUGGUACAAACAUGCCAAACACUUUGGCCUCUGCUUUAUUCAUUGACCACUCUGUUUUUAACAUGUGUGUUCUUCUAUCAGGACAGUGGACCGAAUUUUCCCUCAGAUUCAAGCAGCCAGUUGUCAUCAUCAACAUCAGCCAGCAACCCAGGAGAUCCAGAGGCCACAAAACGAGCUUCAAUAUGCCGCAUAAAGGUUGUUGGUGAUCUGUUGGCUGUAUUUAUGGAUAGCAGGAUCAUAAAUAUGACUUUAAAGAUGGACUUCAUCAACGAGAAGGCUGUUGAUGAUGCCGGCGUGUCCAGAGAGGUGUACACAGCCUUCUGGGAACAAUUUCUUGAACAGUGUGAAGGGGAAACGGAGAGAGUUCCCAGGCUUAGGCCAGAUUUUUCUGAGGCUGAAUGGCAGGCGAUUGGACGCAUUUGGGUUAAAGGAUUUUUAGACCACGGUGUCAUGCCAGCAAAGCUAUCGAUGGCCUUCAUUUUAGCAUGCAUCACUGGAAUUGAGUCUGUUGAUACAGACAUCUUGAUGUCAUCGUUUCUGAACUUCUUACCUCCCAUCGAGCGAUCAGCUGUUGAGAACGCUCUCAGGGGCAGAAUAGAGGAAGGGGAUCAAGAGGACUUGCUCGACCUUUUCACACGAAUGGGUUCCCAUAUCUUACCACCAGAGAACAGCAUGAAGUCUGCCAUUGAAAUAAUGGCACAUAAAGCUAUUCUCCAAGAGCCAAAGUAUGUAAUUGAUUGUUUUUCGACUCCCAUGUCACUUGUAAAGUUGAAACUACCAGAUAAGAAAAGUGUGUUGAGUCUGUAUGAGUCCAAGAAGCCCACAGGCAAAAGAGUGAUGCAAAUGCUUGAAACAACAAAGGUGGUGCUGUCCCAAAGAGAACAAGCAACCUUAAACCACCUACAACGUUAUGUCAAAAAUGCUGAUGAAGCAAAAGCAGAGAAAAUCCUGCGCUUCUGCACAGGUUCUUCAGUUAUAUGUGUUGAGAAAAUUAUGGUUAGCUUUAAUGCUGAAACUGGGCUCAACAGGAGACCUGUGGCGCAUACCUGUGGCGCUACACUCGAUCUGCCAUGUACAUACAGUUCUUACCCAGAAUUUUGAACAGAAUUUGAUAAUGUUUUGAACAGCAACUACAUGGAGAUGGACAUCAUUUGCGCUUGAGAGCAAGCUUGAUCAGGCCAAAUAGUAACCUUCUGCAUCUCUCUCCUCUCUCCAUCCUCCCUGUCUCUUUCCUCACCUUCUCCGUCUCUCUCCUCCCUCAGUCUUUUUCUCUCCUCUCUCUCAUCUUCCCUCCAUCCUCCCUGUCUCUUUCCUCACCUUCUCCAUCUCUCUCCUCCCUCAGUCUUUUUCUCUCCUCUCUCCCCUCCUCCCUCCCUGUCUCUUUCCUCACCUUCUCCAUCUCUCUCCUCCCCCAGUCUUUUUCUCUCCUCAUCAUUAUCAUUUGAACUUGAGAGCAAGCUUGAUCAGGCCAAAUAGCAACAGGCCUCAUUGUAUGGUUGAUUGUAUUUUAUUUAUUUUCAUUUGUCUGUUUUUGUUGUCAUUUAAACAUCCGAUGCACUUAACAUAGUGGUAAGCAGUCUUUCAUUUCAUUUAGAUCAGCCUGCAAUUCUAUUUUUCUAUUGGUGCAAUAUUACACCUCCAUACUUUUUUACAUUGAUUUUAUAUUUUGAAUUAUACUUUGAAAAUGACAGCAUUCAUUUCCAUAAGUUUGAGUCUAACCCAGCUUCAACGCUGAACUUGUUCCUAAAAAGCAUAUUAGUGUAAUUUUCUGUAAUUUACAGAGUUGUCCAUCACUGGUAGAUUCGUUAAUUACUGAUGUCAUCACUCAUGUCAGUUGGUUGCUUAUUCAGAAACAGUUUGAAACUCAAUGUUGAGAUGCCAAUGAACGUUCCUGUUUACAAAAUGUAUAAUCUGAUUUUACCUGUGUGAGAUGGCCUUCAGAAUGAUUGUAAUAUUUCCAUUAUAUUACUUUAAUUUACUGCUGGAACUUAAUGCCAUCACAUAUAUUUUUAUUGAGUGUGAGUGCAUUUUGCCAUGAAGUGACCGAUAAGUACUGUAAUGUAAAUAUUUAUAUCAAUAGUUUUUUAUUGACAAACCAGUUAAGUUUGGCAAAAUUUACAUUUAUUCAG